AUGCUAAGGGUAUUCGUCUUGUUUUUGGCCGUUUUUGGUCAUUUUUCAAGGUUUCACGCUGAAUUUAUCAACUAUACCAGUAAGUAUGAUUAGAUUUUUACGUUUCAAAGCUAUUUUUAAGUAUAUUCUUUAAAGAUCAUUUUCAAAAAACGCUUUAAAGUCAAUAUUUCAGAACCAUUUUACGUAAAAGUCCCACUAACCAAGAUCAAUGAUGUUCAUGUUGGUCGUAUUUUCAUUGGUACUCCGCCAGUAGCUUUCAACGUGAAUUUUGAUACAGGGUCUUCAAUUUUAUGGGUCCCAACACGAAAUUGCCUGACGAAUUCUGAGACGUCAACUCAGUUACGCUUCUGUUCGGCUCUUAAUUCAUAUGGUCUGAUUAGGAAGGAUGGUGACGGUGGUACUAAUGGUACUGUGGUUAAAACAGGUGAAGUUAAGUAUGAUGGUUCUGAAGUGAAUUAUGAAGAGGCUACGGAUGUUGUUACGGUAAGUUAAUGAAGUUUGUAAUUUUUUGAAAUUUAAAAAAAAUUUUUUGAAAUAUUUCAUAUUAGCCAAAUAAGCCUAAAAACCACAAUAUAAACCUAAAAUAUAUCCAAAUUUAGAUAGGAAAAUACCUAAAAUACCCAGCAACCUUCGGAGCAGCUACUACAACAUUCAAUACCAACAGAUAUUACAGUACUUUUGGGUUAUCUCCUCCAGAAAACGACAAACCAUCCAUGCUAAAACAAGCUUUAGAUUCUGGAGAUCUGAAGAAUGCGAUUGUUACAGUAUACCACAAGGACUGUGAUUACAAUAUCUACUUUAGUUGUAGUAACGUUGGUCAGAUUAUGUUGGGAGGGGUGGAUAAUAGGCAUUGUCAACUUGUUACUCAGUGGAUUGAUAUUGUACCUGGGACUAGUCAGUGGGUCUUUAGAGCUGACACUGUUAGUAUUGGUAGUAUCUGGAAACGGAAUGUUAAGGUAAGUGUUACUGUAGCUUAUGAUACUUAAGGUCAAUUAACAAUACUAUACUUUACCUUACCAUGCCCUAUCUAAUUCUUCUCUACCCUACUUUUCCCUACCCUACCCUACGCUACCCUAUACUACACUAGCCUAUACUAGCACUAUUCUACAGUAAAAAGCCGUAAUUCCAGAUCAAAUCCCACAGCAGCUACUACGGUAUUACCGUACCACCCGACGUUCUUCGUUAUAUCAAUUCAAUUUCAAUUAAAAAAUCCAACAAUAUAUAUACAAUUCGUUGUGCCGUAGCAUUCUACAUUACUUUUACAAUCAACAAGACUGCAUAUAUUGUGAAUACCAAGCGAUUUUACCGUAGUACUGGAGAUAACGGUCUAUGUAGUAUCAGAAUUGCCGUCACGAAAAGCUGGGACGGUCCAUGGGUUAUUGGUGCUGGAUUCAUUCAAGAUUACUGUCAUAUACAUGACUUUGAAAAUCGAAGAAUUGCUUUUACCAAAACGAAAUUUGAAUAA